GUAUUAUAGAAGGCAGCGAAGCUCCUCCUUCCUCUCUCCCUCCGAAUCCUCCCCCGCAUUCCGCGCCGGAGCUGAGGAGGGACAGCGAGCCAGCGAGGGAGGUGGGGCAAUCCAGCGAGCGCCAGAUCGUGCCGCCAGCCCCGCUCCGUCCUCUCUCCGGCGACCCUCCGCCCCGCCUGAUCCCGUGGUGGAUCAACUACAACUCAUCUUUAGGAAAGCCUCUUGAACAUUAGCCUUGUGUGCCUUUCAACAGUAUGGCCUCGGUAGGUGUGGUGCGUUCUUCCUUGGGGUUUCAGAACGAAACAAGUACAAGUGGCGAUGCCGACCGACUUCCGAAUGAGAUGAGCAAUAUGAGUAUAAGGGAUGAUAAUAAGGACAUUGACGACAUAGUUGUCAAUGGCAAUGGGACAGAACCUGGUCAUGUUAUUGUGACAAGCAUUGAUGGAAGAAAUGGACAGGCUAAACAGACCAUUAGCUACAUGGCCGAGCGUGUCGUAGGUCAUGGAUCCUUUGGAACUGUUUUCCAGGCCAAGUGCCUGGAAACCGGUGAGACUGUGGCUAUAAAGAAGGUUCUUCAAGACAAGAGAUAUAAGAACCGUGAGCUGCAAACAAUGCGAGUUCUUGACCACCCAAAUGUGGUGUCACUAAAGCAUUGUUUUUUCUCAAAGACUGAGAAGGAGGAGCUUUACCUCAAUUUGGUGCUUGAGUAUGUGCCAGAGACUGCUCACCGUGUAAUUAAACAUUACAACAAGAUGAACCAACGCAUGCCAUUGAUAUAUGCAAAACUAUACAUGUAUCAGAUAUGCAGAGCUUUGGCGUACAUUCACAACACCAUUGGCGUGUGUCACAGGGAUAUCAAGCCACAAAAUCUUCUGGUGAACCCACAUACUCAUCAGCUGAAAUUAUGUGACUUCGGCAGCGCGAAAGUCUUGGUAAAAGGAGAACCAAAUAUUUCUUACAUCUGUUCAAGGUACUACAGAGCUCCAGAGCUCAUAUUUGGUGCUACUGAAUACACAACAGCGAUUGAUGUUUGGUCUGCCGGUUGUGUGCUUGCUGAACUCCUCCUGGGGCAGCCUCUAUUCCCUGGCGACAGUGGCGUUGAUCAGCUUGUUGAAAUCAUCAAGGUUCUGGGUACCCCUACACGAGAGGAGAUUAAGUGCAUGAACCCAAAUUACACCGAGUUUAAAUUUCCGCAAAUCAAAGCUCACCCAUGGCACAAGAUCUUCCAUAAAAGAAUGCCUGCUGAAGCAGUCGAUCUCGUCUCCAGGCUUUUGCAGUAUUCACCAUACCUCCGGUCCACUGCUUCGGAAGCAUUGAUCCAUCCCUUCUUCGAUGAACUCCGUGAUCCAAACACCCGCUUACCGAACGGCCGUUUCCUUCCUCCUCUCUUCAACUUCAAGCCCCAUGAACUGAAGGGUAUGCCAAUGGAAUUCCUGGUGAAGCUUAUCCCCGAACAUGCUCGAAAGCAAUGCGCGUUUGUAGGAUGGUGAUUUCUGAGGUCAGCAUGAAAACUAGUUCAGAAUUUCUUCACCGUCCUCCAUUAGAAAGCAGAGAUGAACCCUGUGUGCAGCCAUUUGGGAAAGCUGGUGCAUAUGGAAGUGGAACUACAUUUUUUUGUCCGAGAUUCUGACGCCGCGUAUUCUUUUCCCCCCUCCCACUUUGCUGCUGCCGGUGUAACCAAAAAAUCAUCCACGGUUCUGUAAAGUUGAUGAAGAAGAGUGUAAAAUCAGGUUGAAAACUGAAUUCGAUCGGUUUGUCAAGAUUGUAGCAACAUGCAAGGAAGGAUGUUGCACACUUUGUAUGGCAAUGUUCGUUCGGUCCAAA